AUGGGCAAACUAGACAGCCACUACGACCAUCGCAACUCGAGACCCAGGCAGGCAGCAGCCUCGCGCGCUCAUACCCCCGCUCCGGCCGCUCCUCCAGACAUUAUCACGUACCGUCUGGAGGGCAAAAUGGUGUACGUGACGCCCGCGGAGACAUACGAAGAAGGCGUCACGUUCGCGAAGGCCGUCUUCGAGGAGCUCAGCGGCGUCCACCCCGAGCGCAUCACCUUCUCCGUCAGUGUGAACAUGCCAGGUGGCGGCCGCACCGUGCAGAUCAGUCCGAUGGCCUGGAGGGCGGUCGUGUCUACCCUCGCGCAGUACGAGAUCGUUGACCUGGUGGUCCUGCCAGAGGUCGUCGUAGACUUCGCGGACGCGGAGUUGCCGCAAUACGCUGAUAUCGAUAACAAGGAGUCGAGGGAGCACCUGUCGCGAUCACCUUCCCCUCAGGAAAAAUCACGACCGUCUUCUCGCUCGGCUUCUCGCGUGGCUUCGCGCUCUCCGUCGCGCAACCCUGGUAGCCCCAGUAGGACGGAACGGGCUCUGAACUGGUUUGAAAAGGUUAUUAAUUGA